AUGUUACUGGGUGAUACACUGAUCCUAGAUGACCUGGACUGUGCAAAUAAAUACAGACAACAGGUGAGUACACUUGUUGAUGAUGCAUUUCAAAGUGAUGUUACAUCGGACGAUUCGUAGCAACGAUUUUUAGCGCUAGACAGCGUUGCAACAUUGUUGUGACAUUGAUUCAAAUGGUUGCAACGUUGUUCCAACAUUGCCGGCAAUGCUGUGCCACGGCUGGCUAUUUCAUGUUGUUAAUAUUGCCAAUCAAGCUUCCUUGUGCGCAAUGAAACUAAACGUAAGGGGAAAAUUUUUCUUGUAAACGACAAAAUCACAGCUUCUCGUCAAAUAAAUGUCUCUCAAGCAUUAUAUGAAACGUUAAAUACGAGCAAAAUGAACUUUGGAAACUGUUAGGCUAACAAGUUUUCAAAAAUCGGCAAUUGCAAUCCGUUUUAGUCUUCCUCAGCUGAGUUUGUCCGCCCCUGCCUCUUUUUGUAUUUGCUGUGCCAUUAAUGCUUUGUUUAAAUGUUUUGAGCGGUUACGGUAUUUUUAUGUUUCACUCAAUUUGGUGGCGGUUUCUACUGUUAGAAUUUUGAUACGUAAUUCAUGACUCAGCUCCUUUAACAUCAAUGUACUAGUGACGACGUGACAUUUUUACAUUUAGCCUGUGGGGAUUGUUAUGCCCUAUUCAAAACGGGAGAGGCUCGGAGAGGGUUGAAUCCACACCAGGCUCCAGGCUACCGUCCAGUGGAUAACUCAAUUGGUUUCCCUUAUACCUAUUCGCUAGACAGAGAUUUAUUUAUCCAGUAGAUAGCGCUGUCCAACGUUUGAACGACGAUGGGGCGGGUUUUUCGAGCCUUUAAGCUAAUUGCAAAAUUACAGACAUAGCUGUGGCUUUGAGAUAAAGCCACUAACAGACGACUGCAAUGCAAUAAAGAAAACUAUUGAUUUACGCCUGACUAUAGUGAACUUAACCAAGGACGUUUUAGAGCGACACGCACCAAACAGAAGUGGCUGUUUUGCAUCAUUGGUCAGCAGUUUUUUCCCAAAGUAAAUUUCUGGCAAUUCGUGUCAGUAAGAGUAAAGAUACCGUAUUUAUUCGAUUAACCUGCCCUGGGCGCUUAUUAAAUUUUCACUAUUUUCAGCAAGUCAAGUAUGUUUAUUUUGCAACAAACAAUAAAUGGUAAUAACAGAACGCGAAGAUGUAACAAAGUAAGGUCUCUGUAAAAUGCUCUGAAGAAAACUUCGUCUUCGGGGAAGUCUCUUAUUAGUACUUAUUCAAUUUCAAUUUCAAUCUCAUUGUCACUCAAGUCAAUAAGUGAAUUCUCUGGUGCUGCCUCCUCGAUGUCCGACAUCGGGGAGUGGAGUGGGGGUGGGCGUUUAUUCGAGGUGGGCGCUAAUUUGAGGUUGGGCGCUUAUUCGAAUAAAUACGGACUUAACAAGGCACAUUUGUUAGCGUCAAGGUAAUAGAGACCUUAAGAUACCCCGAUAUCGGUGUACGGGUACGGGUAGUGUACCCGUACACGUAAAAUGUUCAUGUGCGUGACUAUUUCGAUUAAGAUACCCGAAGAACAAGCACGCAAAAUUAACUUUGUACAUGCAUGUCGCUUAAUGCAUACAAAAUCUUCCUCAAAUUCUACACUUCAUAUCUUAACAACAAGCUGCAACACAAUUCAUUCAUACAUAAGCUUACUGAAAUAUCAUAGAAAGAUUUUAAGAAACUUGGCGGGCAGUCCAUCGACCGAAAGAUUGUUAUCGCAAACCCCGCCAUUUGAUCGAGGCACAUCACCAAACAAUCCCUUUGAUUGUCAACUUCAACAGUGACUCCCAUGCUAAAUUUUUCAAUGCUAUUUCUUUUACGUAACUCAAACGUUCGAGCAAUUCUCAGAAAUCCCCCCAAAUACCGCCACAAAUUGAUAUCGUUUCAGAGUUCAACCUGCGCAUUUGAGGUCCAAAAUCAAUACAUUUUGAAGCGCUUUCUUUACAGCUAAAAUUCAAAUUUGGCAAAAAUAUUUUAACAGACUUUCAAUAACAUUGCCAAGGAGUCAUACAAUUUACAUUUGUACUUAAAAAGUCUUAAAAACUUACUCGUUUCUCCAUCAUGUAGGACUUGCAGCUACUCGUAAAUCUUCUACGGGUAAACUGGUGUCUACCCCGGAAAAACGGCUGGUUCUACCGGGUAAGGUCGAUAACGUCACCACAAAAUGAAAAAAACAUGGCGCUACCCGUUACCCGUACACCGAUUUCGGGGUAUCUUAAGGUCUCUAAUGAGAAAAGGCUUCACUUCCGGUUGACGUGUUACGUCCAGAAAUGUCUUUGCUUAAGCUCCCUUGUGUAUUGUUAUAAUGUAGGUUGUAAAGCACACUCAUUGUCCUACGAUUCUUACAAGAGGAGGAGAUCGCAUCAGAAGUAACGGUAAGUUGUUUAGCCCAUUAACCUUUAAGUGACUAGUGUUUAAGAUUUCUCUUUAUUCUUACACUGUUCAGUCAAACAUGAAUAUCGAUAACAAGCUGAGCUGCCAGGUCGCGCAAUCUCACGUGAUCUUGGAAUGACGCAAUGGUGAGGUAGAAUUUCUCCUUAUUCUUACACUGUUUAGUCAAACAUAAAUAUUGAUAACGAGCUGAGCUAGCAGGUCGCGUAAACUCACGUGAUCUUCGAAUGACGUAAUGGUGAGGUAGAAUUUCUCCUUAUUCUUACACUGUUUAGUCUAACAUAAAUACCGUGAGAAAAAGCACAUGAUCAGCAAGUGAAAAAGGUCUUGAUUACGAAGUUAAUUCUCCUUGCAAGUAAGAUAUGCGUGAAGAACGUUGUGGAGAAUGUGUGUAUUAAUUUUAGGGUUUAAAGGCUGGCACCAAUCCUCGUGAUACUGUUUCUUCUAGUGAGAAUUUUAAUCUCCAUAUUUUUGCUCUCUUGCAAAGGUAAAUUCGGCGGACUGCAGAACAAAGCUCCUCCUCUUGAGAGAAUGCGCGGCGCAGUGUUCGCUGCGCCUCUUCCGCUGACAUUCCAUUCACUGACAACGCAGAUUGGUGAGUGACAACUAAAGCUCUUCUCAUUUUUUCACCACCAAUGUAUAACUCCAACAUUGCUUCUAAUGUUUUUCUUUAUUCAUUAUGUUGUCAGAACAACUACAAGCUUUUAAACAAGCCGUUAUCAAACACACACAAGCCAAGGAAGAACUUUCGGUAAGCUUAAAGAAGCGCAUCGCAUUGGUUUUUUUUUUCCUUUCGUACACAAAUACACCCUGCUGUCAGUCUUCUUUUCUUGAGAGCGGAUGAGAAGGGGAAGUUCUGCCUGAAUCGCGUCGAGUCUUGUUUUAACCCUUUAAGUCCCAAAACUGACCAACGUCAUUUUCCUCCUAACAAUAUCCCUAUAUUGUCAUAAGAUGAGGUUAUGAGAAUUAAUAAAAUGAUCGCCAAAGAAAAAUGCCUUGAUCAUUUAUUGAAUUCUCUCAACUUAUUCUUAAAGGAAAUGUAUGGAGAUCACUUUGGAGAAUUUGUAUGUGUAUAUUGAUUGGGGCUUAGAGGGUUAAGGCCGCUUACCUUCUUAUCGUAUAGGUGAGCGCGACCCCAUAACUUAAAGAUUUGAAUCCGCUUUCACUACUUUUCUGUUCAGCUCGCCAGUUUAUUUUCAAAACAAAUCGUUGGUAACGGUUAGCUGAUUUACGAAUUUGAUCUUGGAGCAUUUGAAGGGAACACUUUCUCUAUCUCUUUUCUCCAACAGCUGCAGCUACAGCACGGACAAACGGAGGAGAUGAAAAUUAAACACCGGGAAUGCAGAGAGGCUGAAACCCAGUUACGCAUGAUUGAGGAGCGUUUGGGCAUGACUCCGACCCAGUACAAUAUGCCUCCCAGUCCGGCCACUAUGCUGCUGACAGAAAUCAACACUCCACCUACAAGAACAGCUACCUCGCCUCGCUCCAGCGCACGAGCUGCGGCUGCGGCUACCGCUUCUCCAACCUUAUCGACUCCGGUCGUAAAUGGUUCGAGCAACCCAUCGGGAAACACAACUUCUCCGCGAACCAGGCGAGGUGCUGCGAUCUCCCCUGAAGAUGUAAGAACCAGUAAACGAACGCGCCGAUGA